UCAGACGGGUCUUAUAACUAUAGCGGGUCAUGGCUUUUAAAGGCCUUCAUUCCUACUUCCUUCCUCUCUGAGUUAUUUCAUUGAAGCUUACUCAACGUUCUCCAUUGAAGCGUUCUUCGUUGAAUCUAAUUCUUGUAUCCCUCAUUGAAGCAGCUUCUAAGAUAUAUUGCACAAGUUAUCAACAUGUCUUCUAUAAGAAAUGCAAUAUCUAAAAGGGAGUACAAGGAGCGAUCGCAACCGGCUUCAAGGAAGAAGUUUGGGUUACUCGAAAAGCACAAGGACUAUGUUGUUCGUGCGAGAGAAUUCCACAAGAAGGAGGAUAUGUUACGGAGACUCAAAGAAAAGGCGGCGAAUAGGAACCCGGAUGAAUUUUAUUUUAAAAUGAUUAAUACUAGUACAAGGAAUGGAGUUCAUAGACCCGAGAGUGAGGCUAACAAGUAUACGCCAGAAGAACUUUUGUUGAUGAAGACACAAGACUUAGGAUAUGUUCUUCAGAAAAUUCAAAGUGAAAAGAAGAAAAUUGAAAAGCGUCAAGCUGUGCUACAUUCUUUAGAUAAUCGGCCCUCGAGCAAGCACGUUUACUUUGCAGAAGACAGUGAAGAGGCGAAUGAGAUACUAUCAAGAUCAUCAAACAAUGAAGAGCUUCAUGCAUCAGCGCCGGUGCCUUCUGCAAUCAAGAAGAAGAUGAAUGCUUCCUACAAAGAGUUAGAGGCAAGAAUGAAAAGAGUUGGAAAUUUGGAGAGAGUAUAUGCAGAGAUGGCCUUGCAGAAAGAGCUACAGAAAAAGGGUAGGAAACGCAAGCUUCGGGAAGAUGAGAUUGUUUGUCCCACUGAUAGGCCAGUGUACAAGUGGCGGGCAGAACGAAAGCGAUAAACAAGCGUAAUAUAUCUGGUUGAUGAAGGACAGAAUGUUCAACAUGAGCAGGAAGCAAAUUUUGGUUCAGUUAUUUAGUUACUGGUAGUGAGAUGUACCCUAGUCCCUAGUUGAGUCACCUUGUAAUUUAAAGUUCACAGUUUGAAUCAUGAUUAUUUUAUGUGAGAAUUUUAUCGAUCA